AUGAGAUUAGACAAAUUUUUAAAAAACUCAAGACUUAUUAAAAGAAGGACUGUAGCUAAAGAAGCUUGCGAAAAGGGCCUCGUAGAAAUUAACGAUAAGGUUGCCAAGCCAUCAGAUUCCGUUAACAUUGACGACGUUAUUUCACUCCAACUUGGCGAGAGAAAAAUUAGGGUCAAGGUUAAGGUCAUUUCUGAUGUGAAUUCCAAGAAGGAUGCAGAAACUCUUUAUGAUAGGAUAGAUUAA